AUGUCGGCCGCCUCCUCUCCCGUUGCCUACGACCGCGCGGCCGACCUCCGCGCGCUGGACGCCACCUUCGCCGGCGUCAGCGGCCUCGUCGCCUCCGGCCUCACGCACAUCCCCCGCAUCUUCCGCGUCCCUGAAGGCCACCACGACAAACAGGACACCACCGUCCUCGUAGGCCGCCAAGAAGACCCAGGGGCCAUCCCGGUGAUCGACCUUGGGAGGGGCGACCACGCGGCCGUGGUUGCCGCCGUCCGCCAGGCCGCCGCAGGGUGCGGGUUCUUCCAGGUGAUAGGCCACGGCGUGCCGGAGGCGGCGAUGGCCGCGGCGACGGACGCGGUGCGGGCGUUCCACGCGGCCGACGGCGGUGAGGGCACCGAGAAGGCGCGGCUCUACUCGCGUGACCCCGUCAAGCCGGUCAAGUACCAGUGCAACUUCGACCUCUACGAGUCGCCGGUGGCCAACUGGCGCGACACGCUCCACAUCCGCAUGGCCCCUGACCCGCCCGACGUCGGCGACAUGCCGGACAGCUGCCGGUGA